AUGUUAAGCUAUACACGGCUUGUUGUACUAUUAUGUGUUUUGAAAGGUAUAUUGCCGCUAGCUAGGGCAUCGUCUCCGGAAAGCGUGGUUGCCGAGACUGCUGGCGGUAGCCUUGUGACGCAGGAGUUUGAACGUUAUAGUUUAUAUCGUGUGCGACUAUGUAAUGUGCCAAUUCAAGCUAACGCGGAAGACUUCCAUGUUGAGCUUAUAGGUACACAAUUUGUUCAUAUUACUAUUGACGGUAGUAGUGUUGACUGGAAGAUUCGUCUAGAUAAGAAUAUCCCUCCAUCAGUAAUAUUUUAUCCGGAGUUCAGCUUAACUAUGGAAGAAGUUAAGGGCGAUGUUGCUGUGUGGUAA